AUGUCAGAGACAGCUCACGAUGCCAAGCCACGGCUGUCUUUGAAUGCCCGUAAAGUGUACGAGUCGAUUCCGGAGGACACAUCAAAGGCUACAAUUCUUCCCCGCAUGGACUCGACAGGGAGUCUAUCACAGUCCCUGGGCCAGUAUCCGUCCUUUGUUAGUAUGGAUCGGAAGGAUAGUCAACGAAAGAAACUGGCGAUCCCUGAAUUUGAAAGCACGCGAAAUAGAGGGCAUUCGAAUUCGGCUAUUCACAGCGUGGAUUCCGCUACUUCGCUAUCGAGCAUUUCCAUUAGAGAGGCAGAUGAAAGCACUUUUGCCGACCAGACACAAACAUCCAGAUUUACGGGCGACAAAGUGAGCCCGACAUGGGCUCUUUCCGAUAUUCUACAAGUUUUGAGCGAUAAGAACACAUCAAGCGAAGACAUUGUGGACAAAACGAACGACAUGGUGGAUUUGCUGGAGGAAAACGACUCACUAAGGAACGAUCUAGUGUUCUCUUCCGUGAUCCACGUCGUUCAAAGACUAAUGCUUCAGCGCAACGAGAUGGUUGUUGCUUGCGGAUACAGGAUCUUGUGGUACGUGGUGACCGACCUACGGGGACUGCAGCUAUUUUUCAAAUACGACUUAUACAUCUUUGUCAUUGCCAGUUUGAGCAAAGAUUCCAAGCACACAACAGAACGCAGCGAAUGCAUACGACUCAUUCGACGUUUGGUUAGCAUUGAAGGUGGUCCGAACGAGUUUCCGAUCGCACUGGUCCGCUCAUUGAUUAAUAUAGUCGAGGACGUUACUGAUCCAUUGAGAACCAUCGCAUUUGAGACAGUCGUGGAAAUUGCUCUUCUGGAUCCAGAAAGAGCGUACAAAGCCAAUGCAUUGGGCGUGCUAUUGCAGUACAUUGUCGACGGGCCUGCUGUUUCAAGAGGUGUGUUUUGCGAGGCCAUAUUGAAACUUCUCGAUCUGCCCAACACAAGGCCCUAUAUCAUAAAAUCGCAGCUUGUGCAGUUGCUCAUAUCGCCUUUCAUGGAUAUUUCGCAUAUCAAAACAGAAAACCUGCAAGUUAUAGCGCAUCUGAUCGUAUUCUUGCUGAAAAACUGGUCUGGACUCAUAGCUUUCAGCCAGCACGAUUUCCUUCCUAUCCGUGAGUUGAUAAGUUGUCUUACGUUCAGCUCGGUUUCAAUAAAGAGUAUCUUGCUACAAAUUUUCAGCGACUUGUUUCGGAUCAAACCAAUGUCCUUGAAUGAUACUAAUGACGAAAACGGCCCGAUGAUUGUCCCUCUGAUAAAUUCUGAGCGGCAAGGGUCAUUAACAAAGCCCACCACUAACGCACGAAGCUCUCCAGAAACAGAAUCUUCAUUGGUCAACCAUUACACUAUGUUGUUGUUGCAUAUAUGCAUCCGUUGUGGUCUCGUGGAAAAGCUAAAGAAACUUUUCGAGGAAGUCACUGACAAGAAGUUGAAUAAACGCAUAAUGGUCCUACUGUCAGAAAUAUCAUACAUGCAGUCGUUCCUGGUUCCAGACCAGCUGAUAAAGUCAAUAGCUCCGUCGUUUGAGCUCAACAAGCAGAUUGAGAAAUACCUUCGAAACCACCAUAAUUCCAACCUCAUUCUUACAGAGCACGUCCACGUGAAACUAUCGGAACAGGUAUUCAAGGAUUUGCGAUUGAAAAUGCUGUGCGGUGUCGACGCAACACAAUUGAAAACUCUAGUUUCAGAUACCCAUGUUUUGGCUACCAAAGAUUACUACAAAUGGAAUUGGAGCUUGAUCACUGAGCUAAUGCAAGGCCCAUUGCGAGACUCGCGCAACUUUGAGGAAACCGUGCGAACCACCAAAUUUUACAAGCGACUGAUGUCGUUCUACCGUCCGUUCAAAUACCGUUUUGCUUCGCUGCGCAAGACGAAGUCGAAUUUGGUUUUCGUGAAAGUUGGCUGCGAAAUCUUCAAGAAUUUGCUCUCUAACGCCGAGGGAGUCAAGUAUCUGACGGAGAACAAGGUUUUGCCCCAGAUAGCAGAGUGUCUCGCACAGGUCGACCCGUACAGUGGAAUCACGGCAGGGGACCCACUUUUCUCCAAAACCAAGCUGGAGACGACGCUCAGUUACGGCUACUUUUCGUUCCUUGGAGUUCUUUCAGCAGACCCGAACGGACUGCGGAUGUUGGAGCAAUGGUGGUUUUUCGACAUGCUGUACCAUAUAACUGACCAGAAAGCACACCGACCAGACCUAGUGAAGAUCAUUAUCAAGGAAAUGAAGUACAAUUCUAACAGUCAUAUGCGGAUCAUUCUCAGCAAGGUGGCGAGUACCUCGAGUCCUUCGUUGCGUUUAUUUUCUGUUCGGCUGCUGGGAAAUCUAUUGGAGAAUGAAGAAUGUGAGAGUUUCGCGUGUCGUUUGCUGGUGGGCCAGCUGUGCGAUCCAGAAGAGAAUAUCAGACAGCUUUCUGUGGAGUUGCUGACUUCUUUCGCUAAAGAUGAGGAAAAAGUGCUGGAAAUCAUCAAGUACCGGCCGUCGAUCGGUGUUUUGGAAACACCGAGCGGCAUAAAUCUGAUGCUCAAAAUUCUGGCUACGGGGCCUGGGUUCGAGUAUUUGCAAGAGUACGACUUUGUGGAUGAGGAGAUGGAAGCCUGGAUCCAGUCCAAAAACAAGCACUACGUGCAACACAUAGAGACGUAUCUGGCCCAGAAACUUUUCAAUGAAAAGGCCCCCAACGAGCUGCCGUACCACUUUUUCGGGGGACUGGUGAGGACAACUGAUGGACUGCGGCUAUUUGAGGUGACUGGAACGUUCGACUCAUUUUCGCGCGUGGUCAACUCGUACGCCAAUUUAAUCCAGACAGGUCAGGAGUCGGAGUUUUACUACAAUACGCCGUGCAGUGAGCAAGAAGAUUAUGUGACAGACCUCAAAUCUGUGCUGUGGGCAAUCGGCCACAUAGGAUCGUCGGACCGUGGGGUGUGUCUUUUAGAUAUGACAGGCGUCGUGAACGAGAUUGUCUCGAUUUGUGUCAAAUCGCAAAAUGCGUCCAUCCGAGGCACAUGUUUUCUGGUUCUGGGGCUGAUUUCCCAAACAGACCUCGGCUCCGAGAUGCUGGACGACGUGGGGUGGUUCACAAAAACUGCCUCGAACGGCUAUCUGGGGCUGUGUCUGCCGAAAAAGCUGGAGAGCCUGGUGGAUCUGGACACGCACGAGGACAUACUUGCAGAUCUGAGCAGAGUCCCAAAUUCCACAACGAUGGAAGAAUUCGAUAGGAUCAUGGAUCAGGACUACUUGCCAUUCCACAGUAGAGAGAAGCUUUUAAAAAGAACCGACUCGUCUGGUGGGGUUGGCGGUGCAACGGGACCCGGCCCCUCCUCCCACUCCGCAAACAUCACCAAAGAAUACCAGACUCUCAAGCAAAUAUACCGAAAUCUGCUACUUCUUCCUGUCAACCAGGGAAAAGCUGUGGGGAACCUAAAUCGGCUGAAGUCCGGUCACCCUAGAUUAUUCGAGUCGGAGCCAGUGGUGAUGAAAUUGAUUAUUGAGGUGUUGGAGAAUUACCGGAUUAAGUUCAAUGUGAAGAGGUUCCUUCUGGGCGAAUUGGUCGAUCUCAACAGUCUCAUGGAGGCACUACUGAAGCAUAACAGACGAAAGCUCAAGGAACAAGGGUUUCUUUCAGGUGGGGUAAGUGGUGAGAACUCCAAAUCUGCACCGAACAUAUCCAUGGCAAGGGGGUCAAGUAAUCGGCAUCCUGUGCUGUAUUGA